UGAACUUAUCGCUCUCAGGUCUCUGCUUCACACCACACCACAUACUGCUGUGGUCACAUGGCCUCCUUGUGGCCGGCCUCUAGUGUCCUAUUCCAACACUGCCGUCUUGCCGUCUUGCCGUCUUACGGUCUUGCGCCGUCUCUUGUCAUCCCUCUCUCUCGAUCUUUUCCGCGAGUUGCGCCAAACCAGCCAGCCCAAGCGUUGCUCCAGCCAUCCACAACCUCGAAAGCACAGACUUUAUUGCUAUCAACCUUUCACGAGACCGGGCGAACGAGCGCUAGCGAGAUGACAAAUAAUAACAUCUUCCGCAUGUUCAACCCGCAGGCUCCCAAGGUGGACCGCGUGGAGAAGCGCCGCGCCCAGGUCAGGCAGGCCCAGCAGACCUACCGUGAGCGCAAGGAGGCGUACACAAAGGCCCUCGAGACCGAGCUCGCCAGGAGCAAGGCGCGCGAGGCCGAGCUGCUGCGCGAGAACGAGCGGCUCCGCGACACCGUGCGCAAGCUGUCUGGGAGGCUUGAGCAGCUCGGCGGUGGUGGCAGCGGGCUGGGUGGUGAUGAUGUUGGUGGUGGUGAUGCCGCCGAGCCAGCCCCCAGGGAGGCCGUGACGAGGACCAUGGCCGACAACAUGUCCAGCAUGGCGCCUCCUCUCGCCCGGCUGGGCGACAUCGACCCCGUCGGCCUGGGCGUGGACUUUGUGCUUGCCCUCGAGAAGCCCUGCCUCGAACACCUGCACGGCGACCCGGACAGGCCGGACGAGCCCUCGGGCCACGCGCUCACCCUCUCGGCCCAGGCGUGCGCCGUGUCGUGCCCGGAGGUCACCACCUCCCCCGUGGCGCGGGAGGCCAUCGACCCGCACGCGAUGCCCGCCGCCAUGCUCGAGAACCUGCUGGCCCUCUCGGCGGACGUGUUGCCCCCCGCCGGCGGCAGUGGCGGCGGCGGCGGGGAUGACGACCGCAUCACGCCCGUGCAGGCGUGGAACCUCAUCCGGUCGCAGCCCCACUUUGGCGGCUUCGAGCUCGAGGGGCUGCGGACGCUGGCGGUGGUCCUGAGGGACGUGGUCAAGUGUCACGGGUUCGGCGCCGUGCUGCCGCAGUCUGUGUUCAAGCGGCUGCUCUUCGAGUUCUUGCUCAAGGGGAGGCCGCUCUGAAAGGGCACGGGGCCACUCUCGGUUCUCCGACUGUGAGGCCCGGCUCGGCGAUGGCUCUGCCAUCGCACUGAUUGGAAGCUGGAGCUGCCUGUGUCCGAAUUUACGUCAGUCUCUGCUGUUGACGCAUGCGAGCUGCCCACUUCCACUUCAUGAAAGCCAACGGCUCCCAAAAGGCUCCGCGAACAAGGCAUCGCACCACAAGUGCCGGCAACCCCAUGAUGGCGACCGCCGUGGGGACUGGAAGCGUCGAAAGCGGGCCUCUUGAACCCCGCUGCCUCGGAGGCAAACCCGUCCGCGAUAUCGCCGCCUGGGCGUUGGAAGCUAGUAAGACCGCCCCCCCCUGGCCUCCAAGCACCGCGCGCCAGCAAGAGACGGCUCGGACGCUGCUCGCAGCACGAAGGUGGCCGAGGUCGUCUCUCCCGGAGGGCGGACGGUCUGUUUCGAAU